UUGUCUGACAUGACACCUGACUUCAUAAGUUGCAUACACAAGAAUAUCUAAUUUGUUUCGACAUUUAAUAAUUAAAACACACUAUAAGUUAUUUAUUGUCCGACUACCUGAUGACUUGAUCGGACUGAGUACUUAUGAGCUAUGGAAUUGGUAUACAAGCGGCUAAAAUCGUGUGCGGGUUGAGGUGUCAACUGAUAUUAAUCGGGCUUCCCAGGCGGUCUCAAUGAAUAAUAACAGGAUAUGAUAACAUGGCCGUACAAUCUGACUCUGGCGGGAAGGACGACGUGAAGACACAGUUCGUGACUCGAGAGGGGACGUAUCGAUUGAUGACAUUGUCCGAGUAUUCGAGACCAAAUCGUGUGGGGUAUACUAGCGGGUCAGGUUCGACCCAUGUGCGCGUAUCGCUGGUUUCCCUGCCCCCGGGCACGGGAGGCGGAGCUCCUGGAUCGGACGGACAAGGCUCCGAUGACAGAAUAUGCUUUAAUCACGGCAAAGAGCUCUAUGUUUAUGUGUAUAGAGGAGUUAAGAAGGCUGCAGAUCUCACUAAACCGGUGGACAAGAAGAUGUACAAAGGUACGAACCCAACUUGCCACGACUUCAACACAAUUACUAUGACACCUGAGAGUGUAUCUUUAGUCAUAGGAUUUUCAACUGGCCAAAUUCAACUCAUAGAUCCAAUUAAGAAGGAAUUAAGUAAAUUGUACAAUGAAGAGAGGUUGAUAGACAAGACUCGAGUGACCUGCAUUAAAUGGGUACCGGGUUCUAGUAACCUUUUCAUCAGUGCCCAUGCAUCUGGUCAGCUUUAUGUUUACAAUGAGGAACUCACCUGUGGCACCACAUCACCCCAUUACCAGCUUUUUAAACAGGGAGAGAGUUAUUCUAUUCAUACAUGUAGAACUAAAUCAACUAGAAAUCCUCUGUAUAGGUGGGUAAUAGGUGCGGAAGGCAGCUGUAUUAACGAAUUCUCGUUUUCGCCAUGCGGGACAAAUCUAGCAGUGGUGUCGCAGGACGGUUUCUUGAGAGUGUUUCACUAUGAUACUAUGGAGUUGAUCGGACGGGCGAGAUCGUAUUUUGGUGGAUUUUUGUGCGUGUGUUGGUCUCCAGACGGGAAGUAUGUUGUGGUGGGAGGGGAGGACGAUUUAGUGACCGUGUGGUCAUUCAGUGAGAGAAGAGUGGUCGCUCGAGGACAGGGACAUCGGUCUUGGGUUUCGGUGGUCGCGUUCGACCCGUACGUGGUCAGUUUCGCGGACCCCGAGCACGAGGUCGAGGAGGACAAGAAGAGCGAGAGUGUGCAGUGUUAUAGGUUAGGUAGCGUAUCGCAGGACACGCAGCUGUGUCUGUGGGACCUCACGGAGGACGUUCUCAGGCCGCCGGUGCGAGUGCGGGCCUCCGCCCACCUCUCCCCGAACAGCCAGGGCUUUUCCCCGAACGGCGUCCCGGGCACGAAGGCCCCCGCCAAGUGCACCAAGACGAACAAGAUCGGGCACAAGCACGCCGAGCUGAGCGGCGUGACCGCGGCGGGCGAGCCGUCCGGCGCGAAGCCGCCCGCCAAGGGCAAGGCGAACAACGUGGCCACGCUCAACAUCAGCGUCGGCAAGGCCAAGGAGGAGAGCUCCGGCUCGCUCGGCGCCAACUUCACGCAGCGGCUGGCCGGCUUCUCGUUCGGCGAGCGGCGCUCGGAGCACCGGCGCAACUUCAGCCUGGCGCGGCCGGCCGAGAAGGCGGGCGCGGGCGUGGCGCUGCGGCGCGCGGACGGGCACGACCCGCUGCGGCUCAUCGGCACGCCGUCGUGCCCGCGCUUCGACGAGUGCCCCGUGCUGGAGCCGCUGGUGUGCAAGAAGGUGGCGCACGAGCGGCUGACGGCGCUGCUGUUCCGCGCCGAGUACCUGGUGACGGCGUGCGCCGACGGCUGCGUCAACACGUGGGCGCGGCCGGCGCGCGCGCACAACGGCGACGCGCGGCGCCGCGACCGCGAGCGCCUCGACCUCGUGGACUAGGGCGCGGACGUGGUACGAAACAUUCUGCAUGUCUUAAAUUAUUAUUAUGUAUUGGAUGCGAAACGAUUUUUCUUUAGUUGUUGUGAUUCGUUUGAUUCGAUUCGAUAUAUGAGGAAGUGAACGCGUGUAGAUCGAAGUUGUUUUAUGAUAUCAUUUUGACGUCGUAGCUACGUAGAUAUUAUGGGUACGAAUAGUUCCAGAAAAUGUUCUUAAUAAUUUGUAUUGAAAAUUCAGAUUACUGACAAAACGAUUUUUUUUAAUAAACUCGACUUUUAAAAUGGCAGCUAAAUUAAAAUCAUCAAAUUAUAUUAUAACUCACAGUAUCAUUUUUUGUGGCAACAGUACCUGUGAUACAAUGUUGCCAGUGUGUGAAAUUAUGUAAUAUUCCAAUUAGACAGUUGCAUUGUAUGUUAAUGCACUGGGGUUUUGCUGGAUUUUUGAAUCUAUAUAAAUAUUCGACUUAUUUACUUAGAGGCUUUUAAUUGUGCCAAUAAGCUUCCCUAACUAUGUUAGAUGGUUGAAAUACUCUAUAGUUCCACACUUACCUUUGAUUAUACUGGUUCCACUGAUAUAAAUGUUUAGCCUUUUUCGUUUAUAAAUAGAAUUUAGUAAAAUCAAUGUCAAUAUCGCGAAUAUUCUGUUUUGUAUGUUUUAAUUAUGUCAAAUAAAAUAAAUUAAAAAUAUCGUUUCUCGAAUCUGAUCUGAUUUGAGCUUCUUCCCUGUCCUUGUAAUUUAUUCACGCCAAAUGUACCCAAAUUUACAAUAUUCAGCGAAAGUCCAGUGUUGGCAGUUCUGAAAAUGAUGUCAAAUAUUUUAUAUAUGGCAAUAGUAUUGUGAUUCUAUUGUAAAGACGAGUUGUACAUACCUUAAUAUUCUAAGACAUUUUCCUUUCGGCUCACAUGUAAAUAUAGCAUGUAGGUUGUUUACUAGCAAUCAAAGAUUGCGUGUUUAUUAUAAUUCAGACUUAAAUUAAUUUUUAAUUAAUCUGUUUUAAAAUUAUCUAAAUUAAAUCGAAAUUAAUUCAUAAAAAAAAUGUGUGCACCGCGAGCUUUUCGAUUUCGAAAAAAAAUAUUUUUUUAAUUUUAAUUCAAUUUAAAUGUUGUUGAAAAUAAUCGAGUCGUCUCAGAGACUUUGUUGUUAUGGAUAUUUAAUUAUAAUUGUUGAUGUAUCGUUCGUAAGAUUAAUUGUGGCGUAUCCUCGCAGCGCUCGUAACAAAUAAGCGAUUGUUUUUUUUUAUCUGUUUCAUAGAGUAAUUUACAAUUAGUCACAAUUUUAUUUAUAAUACAGCCUAUCUGUUCGCUUAACUUUUAAAUUAAUUUUCUUUAGACAACAAGCGCGGUUCCCAGUUUCUAGUAGGUAGUCGAUAAUCGAACGCGUGACCCCAACGAUCACUUUCAUUGUAAAUAAAACAACAAUUAGGUAAUAAACUAAAUCUUCGAAUUUUCAGCUGUAAAUCUUGACAAGUUUCAUAAUUAUUAUAAUUAAUCUUAUGUCAAUAUUUAUAAUUUUAUAAUAAUCAAAUUUUAAAAAUCAAGCAAAAAAAAAUAGUUUAAAGAUGUAUUGUUUUUCUUUUUAGAAUAUUCCUUUAACAAGUAACACUUACACAGUAAUAUUGCUGUCGAAUGGCUGUUAAUAUUUAUGGUCUCAUAAUAUAAAACUAACAUAACUUUUAUUUAUACGAAUGUAAACUCAAAGAAAAGAAAGAUUUUCAAUGUAAUUUAAACUAUAAAAUUUUCAAAUAAAAAUACAAAAUUACAUAUUUACUGUUAAAAACGAUUGCAUUUAUUUAUUUAUAUGUAUAAAAACUUGAAAUAAUCUUUAGUUAGGUACGUUCAAAUGAAACUAAUAUUUGCGAAAUUUAAUUCAAUAAAGUAUAAUUUAUUUAACCCGGCAAAAACAACACGCAAACACAUGAUAACAUACAAAUUGAUUUCAGUCGUACAGUCCCACCAGUAUCGUGAUUAUAUAAUCGUGAUUUGGAUAAAAAGGAAGUAAAAAAAUAUUUAAAAGACGUAAUACGUUUGGUAGUGACAUACAUUAUUUUAUUGAGAUAAAUAUUUAACGUAUAUUAAAUGAAUUAAUUGAUCUGUGAAAAUUUAACUCUUUUUUUUUUAUUAUUUUCUAGAAUAUUCGUUCUAAAUUUUGAAUUUGACACUUUACGACUGAUAUUAUGUGAUUAAAAAUAAACCCCAAAUCUAAACCAUGUAUAUAGAUACUGAAACCGAUACACUCUUACUGGACUAGAACAUUCGAAAGAAAUAAGCUAUUGGUAAGCAACGUUUAUAAGAAACGGGUUAGUGUUAAAUCGAUAAAAACCAAUGUAUACAAUGAGCAUAUUGCAUAAUAGUAUUCAACCAAGAAAUGUUCUAUUAAAAUCAUUCUAUGGUUAUUAUGUUUUAAUUGUUUUAGUUGAAGACUGCUGUUAAAUGAAGACAUCUUAAGUUUUCUAUAUUUAAUAUUGAACAAAUUAUAUUGUAAAACGAAAGUGCUUAUACAAGUAAAAAUUGGAAAACAUAUUUAUUGUUUCUUUACAUACUAUUUAUUAUUGUAUAAUUUAUGUAAAUGCCUUAGUUACGUUAACAUCAAUCAUUUGAGAUCAUACUUUGGCAUUAUUAUAUUAUGUAAUAUAAAACAGAUGUUAUGAUGUUAUAAUAAAAAUGCGUUAUUAUUCUUAUAACAGAUGAUUAAUAAUAGUUCGCAGAGACAUAUAUUUGUUGAUGCUAUCUGUGGAACGUGAUACCUAUAAUUUAUAAUGAUUUUUUCGAAGACAGAAAAAGGUAUGUUUAAUAAUAUUGUGACUGUUUUAUUCUUAACAAAUAUUUGCUUUGUCAAUAAUUUUCCAUAUAUAUACUUUUUAAAUUACAAAGUUUUGUUAAUAUUUGUAAACCUUUCCGAAUCAUGAGGUUAAGUCGCAGUACGAUCUUUUAAAUGUUAUCAGUCGAUAUGUUACUUAAAUCAAUUAUUUUAUUAUUUAUUAAGCAAAUCAUUCAUUAUUAGACGUCGAACGACGAAUUUGUCGCGAUACUGUGAAACUAAAAUGUGUAUAAAUAUAAGAUUUACAAGACUUAAAUGUGAAAUUUCUUAUUUUAUAUUAUCUUUUCGUGUUCUUAUAACGGAGCCUAUCUAGUGAAUAUAAAUAAUUUAUAUAUAAUGCAAAUGAAAUCCUAUUGUAUGUAUUACUUUUUGUUUGAUAGUCAAUAAACAAUGUUAGUUCCAUACAAAGUUACUAGUUGUCGCCUGAGCGAUGAAAUUAAUUUAUUGAUGAAGUUUGUUCAAAACUAGUGAGACACGAAUUAUGAGCCUAUGAAGUUAAAAUAAAUAGACGAUUCUCUUUAUAAUUU